AUGAGCAGAUCUGAACGGCACGUAUAUUGUCAACAGAAGUCCGCUACCUACUCAUCCAGCUUUGUCAAUAGACGAUAUCCAACGGUGUCAACGUGUGUCCAGCAACGGUGA